UUGUGGCUUUUACAGCUGUUGAUGGCGGGAAUCAUUGUACGGAAGUUUAUAAGGCCGUUCGCUGUUGGGAUGAACCUGGACAAUUUCUCUAAUGCGCCAAUGGAGGAUGUUAAAAGAUUCCAAGGAAGAAUUCUCUGCAAAUAUACUGAACUAAAUUUGAAAACAACAUUAACUGGAGGCCAAAGUUUUCGAUGGAAGCGGCUCCAAACCCACACUCCAGAGGAAAUAUUCAUAGGAGUAAUGCGUGGUUGUGUAUGGACUUUGUCUCAGAAUGCUACUCAUCUGAUUUAUCAAGUUAUUUGUAACAAAAGCGUUUUAAAAGGAGACUUUUCUCACAAUGCACUACACUGGGAGCGAAUAUUGCGAGAUUAUUUUCGGUUGGACAUCAAUUUGGAAGUGUGCUAUGCAGCAUGGAAAGCGGCACAUGAUCAUUUCAAACAGACUGCUUCUUAUUUCUGUGCCGUCCGAGUUCUGAAUCAAGAGCUAGUGGAAAAUUUGAUAUCAUUCCUCUGUAGCCAGAAUAAUCACAUCAACAGGAUAACAAAUUUGGUGGAAAGGAUAUGCGCCGAUUAUGGGAAGAAAAUUUGCGGGUAUAAAUGUGGGGAUUAUCAUGCAUUUCCUGAGUUAGAGGAGUUAAAUGUACCAGAGUUAGAAAAGAAAUUACGGGCGAGUAAAUUUGGCUAUAGAGCCUCGUAUAUUUCUAAAGCAGUAAGUAUGAUAAUUGAAAAAGGCGGUACGGCCUGGCUUGAAAAUCUAAAGCAACUUUCGUACAAAGAAGCAAAAGUUGAGCUUAUGACCAUACCAGGCAUCGGACCUAAGGUAGCAGAUUGCAUAUGUCUCAUGUCUUUGGGUCAUUUGGGCGCUAUACCCGUUGACACGCAUAUCUAUGAAGUAGCCUCUCUACAUUACCUCCCACAUUUGCGGAAAACAAAAACUAUAACGAGUAAAGCAUAUGAAGAAAUCGGUGAUGUUUUUAGAAAUAUUUAUGGCCCAUUCGCUGGAUGGGCUCAAACGGUGAUAUUUUGUGCAGAGCUGAAACGCUUCAACAACAAAAAGGCUGGUAAAAAGAAAUAGGACUGUCCACCGUUUCGGUAACUCUAAUGAAAAUGUCUUCCGAAAACCAUAUUCAAUGCCUAUCAGUGUAGGAAUCUUAAAUUCGAAAUGUAUGAUGGAAAACACGGUGAAAUUUCCAACUUUUGUUUCUCAUUUCAUGUAAAUAAACUGCCAUAUUUUAUAUUUUGAUAUUUACUUGUAAUCAAAGUCGUUACACUAAUCUUGUUACCUUGUUUAAGUCUGUGCAAAAUAUUUUAUUUAAAUGUACAAAAAUUGUUUGCAUUGUUUCACAAAUGUUUAAAUAAAAUGCCGUGUAAGUCAUUUCACAAGUAA